AAUCCAUCCUAUCCCAAUCCAGUUUGAUCUCCGCAGUGUUUUCUGUGCUGCUCUAAAUCCCAAAAUGGAUCCCAAUGCGCUCUACAUUGUGCUCUUCAUUCGUGAUGAUCCUCCUAAGCCCAACGAUUACCACUGGGCGCUCUACCACCACCGCGUCAACAGCGGCAUCAAGUACCAUAUCACCAACGAAGGCAACGGUUGGAUUCCCGGACAUGGUCCCGAAUCAGGCACCGGCAUCCUGAAAGCCUUCCUCCUUGUGGGACUGAUUCAGAUUGCAACCAUACCGUCCACUACCUCAGCGCAGGAGACUUUAGACCGUGUUUGCCGAACGUACGACGGACAUCUGAAUGACAACGAAGGCAGAACAUGCCGGACGUGGCUACUGGAUGUGUUAAGGGAUCUACAGGAGCAGAUGGGUGUGCUAAAUGGAGUUGACAUCAAAUCACUAGAGAAAGAAGCCAUGGACUGGGGCAAUAAGUACGCGUUUGAGGCCUGUCGAAAUGUUCAACCAAGACCAGUGGAGAAGAGCGUGUACAUGGCGUGAGGCAAUUGAUUUACCUAGUUCUAAUUCCUAUCUCAUUCGAGAGACUUGAUUAAUUGCACCAAUAUCAC